CGAUCUCCAAUGUAAAAACAACCAGGAACGUCCUAUAAAACACAGCAUCAAAAAUGUAGAAAGCUAUCAUAGAACACCACAAAAUACUAUAGAACAUGCUCCAAAAGGUUAUAGAAAACCAUACCAAAAUACC